UUCCUCCUCCAUCCCUCUCUUCUCUUGCUCCAGUGACCUUGGAGGCUGUGUAUUGCAGAUGGCAUAGAUUAAAGAUGGAGUAAGGAUGCUUCACUCUCACCAGACUCGGCCAUGUCCCAGGUGGAUGUGGAUUCAGGAAUUGAAAAUAUGGAGGUUGAUGAAAACGAUCGAAGAGAAAAGAGGAGCCUCAGCGAUAAGGAGCCUUCCUCGGGUUCUGAAGUGUCUGAAGAACAGGCCUUACAGCUGGUCUGUAAGAUCUUUCGUGUCUCCUGGAAGGACCGGGACAGAGAUGUCAUCUUUCUUUCUUCUCUUUCUGCACAAUUUAAGCAGAACCCAAAAGAAGUGUUCUCUGAUUUUAAGGACUUGAUUGGCCAGAUUUUAAUGGAAGUGCUAAUGAUGUCUACUCAGACUCGAGAUGAAAAUCCAUUUGCCAGUCUGACGGCCACAUCACAGCCAAUUGCAGCGGCAGCUCGGUCACCAGACAGAAAUCUCAUGCUCACUACUGGCUCCAACCCAGGAACAAGCCCCAUGUUCUGCGGUGUGGGUUCCUUCGGUACCAGCUCUUUCUCUAGCCUCUAUGAAACUAGCCCGGCUCCCAGGACAAGUUUCUGGAGCUCGGUGCCAAUGACGAGUCCAUCCUUUGCCUCCUCCCCUUCCCGUGCAGCCGGCCAGAUGGCUGUGCCGUCCAUUCCCCUCAGCCCUCAUGGCGCGGCUCCCGGCGCUGCCGGAGGAAGCCAGCCCACGUCUUCACGGUAUCGCCCCUACACGCUCACACCCCCGUGGGGCUCUUCAGCUUCUCCUACCCCGCGGUCCCCCGGCAUCUCCAUCCUGUCCAGCUCACCCAGCCUCCCUGCCCUCGCUAGUAGCCCUCAAGCAGUGCCUGUCAGCUCUCCCAGACUGAGACCCGGCAGCCUGGGGCCACCUUCCCUGGCCACCUCCCCCAGUGCCAUGAGCAGACGUUCCUCAUCCCUAAGGAUCUCUCCUAGUUUGGGAGCCUCUGGUGGGGCCAGUACUUGGGAUUCCUACAGCGACCAUUUCACCAUUGAGACCUGCAAGGAGACAGACAUGCUGAACUACCUCAUCGAGUGUUUUGACCGAGUUGGAAUAGAGGAAAAAAAAGCACCAAAGAUGUGCAGCCAGCCAGCAGUCAGCCAGCUUCUGAGCAACAUCCGCUCACAGUGCAUAUCCCAUACUGCAUUAGUCCUACAAGGUUCCCUCACGCAGCCAAGGUCCAUGCAGCAGCCGUCCUUCCUGGUGCCGUAUAUGCUCUGCAGGAAUCUCCCGUAUGGCUUCAUGCAGGAACUGGUGAGGACCACUCACCAGGACGAAGAAGUGUUCAAGCAGAUCUUUAUCCCCAUUUUACAAGGCCUGGCUCUCGCUGCCAAAGAGUGCUCCCUCGACAGUGACUACUUUAAGUACCCCCUCAUGGCUUUAGGUGAGCUUUGUGAAACCAAGUUUGGGAAGACACACCCUGUGUGCAAUUUGGUGGCUUCUUUGCCGUUGUGGUUGCCUAAAUCCUUAAGCCCUGGCUCUGGGCGGGAGCUGCAGAGACUCUCCUAUUUGGGGGCUUUCUUCAGCUUCUCCGUCUUUGCAGAAGAUGAUGCUAAGGUGGUUGAAAAAUAUUUCUCAGGGCCUGCCAUUACCCUGGAGAACACUCGCGUGGUCAGCCAAUCACUGCAGCAUUACUUGGAACUGGGAAGGCAAGAGCUUUUCAAGAUUCUGCAUAGUAUUCUGUUAAACGGUGAGACCCGUGAGGCUGCUCUUAGUUACAUGGCAGCUGUCGUCAAUGCCAACAUGAAGAAAGCACAGAUGCAGACAGAUGAUAGAUUGGUAUCUACAGAUGGAUUCAUGCUGAAUUUCCUUUGGGUGCUGCAGCAGCUAAGUACAAAGAUCAAGUUAGAGACGGUGGAUCCGACAUACAUAUUCCACCCAAGGUGUCGGAUUACUCUUCCUAAUGACGAGACGAGAGUGAACGCGACGAUGGAGGACGUGAAUGACUGGCUGGCUGAACUUUAUGGAGAUCAGCCUCCAUUUUCUGAGCCGAAAUUCCCUACAGAAUGCUUUUUUCUUACCCUGCACGCCCACCACCUCUCCAUUCUGCCAAGCUGCCGUCGCUACAUCCGCAGACUCCGGGCCAUCCGGGAGCUCAAUAGGUAUGUGCGUGACUCCACGUCCUGGGAUUGCCUGAGGUACCACUUGUUAUCACAAAGCAAGCAGUUCAGUUGUGACCAGUGGAUUCGAAUGUGGGGAGAACUUGGACCCCGAUUGGCUGCAAUGCUGAACUUUAAUCUUCAGCAACUCUGUGGCCCCAAGUGCCGUGACCUGAAAGUUGAAAACCCUGAGAAGUAUGGCUUUGAACCAAAGAAGCUGUUGGACCAACUGACGGAUAUUUACCUGCAGCUGGACUGCGCCCGGUUCGCCAAAGCCAUUGCUGACGACCAGAGAUCCUACAGCAAAGAGUUGUUUGAAGAAGUGAUCUCGAAGAUGCGGAAGGCGGGGAUCAAAUCCACCAUAGCGAUCGAGAAGUUUAAGCUCCUCGCGGAGAAGGUGGAGGAGAUAGUGGCCAAGAACGCGCGCGCAGAAAUCGACUACAGCGACGCCCCCGACGAGUUCAGAGACCCUCUGAUGGACACCCUGAUGACCGACCCCGUGCGGCUGCCGUCGGGCACCAUCAUGGACCGCUCCAUCAUCCUGCGGCACUUGCUCAACUCUCCCACGGACCCCUUCAACCGACAGAUGCUGACCGAGAGCAUGCUGGAACCAGUGCCAGAACUGAAAGAACAGAUUCACGCCUGGAUGAGAGAGAAACAAAACAGUGAUCAUUAAACCGUCCCCCGUGCCCACCCUCUGCGAGCCGGCCAAGGCCAGCCAGGCAGGCGGAAGCCGCGUCGGUGGCGGAGACGCUGUUCAGACGUUUUCGGCCCCGCACGGCAGAGACGCCGAGAGCCCCCCAGAGUGACCAGACGGUGGAGACCUGCAAGGACGUGGAUGAGAAGAGGAGCCCCAUUCCUGUACAUAUAUUUAAGUGACACACAUGGUCAAAAGCUUGAGGGACACACUUUACGAUUGCUUGUGUAAUAAAGCUUGUCCUUCCUAUGUCACCAUUUGGGGCUUUUGCAAUGGAAGUCUUUUAGUGAUUGAUGACAAAUGGGUCUGGGCAGCAUCCCGUUCAUCCCCCCCCCCAAUCCAAUAUCCGUUGAUUUGAUUGUGAUUAGAGAACCUUGGACAUUUUGCUGCUAAAGAAUCCUUCCCCCGCUCCCUUCCUGACCCGACUUGCACUGCUGUGGAUUUUUUUAAGAGAAGCAAAAACAAAAAUAAACUCCUUCCCCCUGGCCCUCCAAACAUAUAUUCUGUGAGAUAACUGUGCCUGCAACAAAGUGUUAAUCCUGGGAUCGUAUUUUUAUAUCAUAUUCACAUAUUUGUUUUUUUUAAUUGGUGUUAGAUGACAUGAUUAAUAAAAAAGGCAAGAUAUUUUCAGAAUUUGAAUUUCAGUUUUUAUUUUUUUUCUUUUGAAAUGUCCCCUUAAAGUUUUUUUAUUCGAAACAAAAUGAAGAGAACCUGUUGCUCUGGUCCUUGUCAUAAGGCCUCUACUAGGAAUCUGAGGAACAGCUGCAGCAAAGGAAGUGUUCAAGUAUAUCAGGAUUUACACAACUUACAGUUUUGGGGGGCGGGCCUGGGGGGGGGAGGGUGCGGACAGUUCAAAACCAUUACAGUUAUCCUAGGAGGGAAAAGAAAUUCCUCAACUCUGGAGUCUGUGAGUUCGAGGCAGGGGAUCAUCUGUAGGACGUGUCCUUCGGGGCUUGGCCUGACCAAAGUGAAAACAGGGUGCAGGAAACAUGGACGUGUGUCUGCUUGUAAACACACACACACACACACACACACACACACACACACAGAAACAUAAGACUUUGUAUUACUGCUCCCGACUUUAACAUACUUGAAUUCUCACAUUUCCUUGGGGUAAAAAAGGGUCUGAAACCGUAAAGUGUUUGGAAGAAAUUAAGCUACGAGAACAGACUUUCUUUUCUUUUCCUUUUUUUCCACCCCCCUCCACAGACAAUGUCCUCUGUUCGAUUCCUAACGCAAACUACAAUAAAUGGUGAUACACAUUCAGAAGGAACCUUCUUUGAGUCUCUUCUUUUUGUGGAAAGCAAAGGGGUGGGUGAAGAACAAGAGCCAAAUGAGUUUGCAUGUGGUGAAUCCUCUUGUCUGCAGCCAAUUAAGAGUUGCUAUUUUUAAAAUAAAACUUUCACGUUUGUAUCAGU